CGUCACCCGUCAGUCCCGUGUCACGUGUGCAGGAGCGCCAGGAGCCAUAUAAGUAGUCCAUAAUUAUUCCUAAUAAAAAAAUAUUCCUGUCUGGAUACAUAUAGUUUUGUCAUAACAAAAAAAAAAUGGUAUUGAGUGAGAGAUAUACAAAUAUAUUUAUUAUGUUAAAUGUGGUUAAAUCUUGAUCACGUGACUGAUUUGCUACUGCAGCAUGCUGCAUGCUGCAUAUGAAAAGGAAAAGGCACCACCUGCAGACUUCUCUCUGUUUGACUCUAUCGUCUGUUCACGCUAUAUGCAGCUACAUGUCGACGCUUAGCAAAAAGUUCAAUACCAGUGGUGACCGGUAAAAUGUAACGAUACAGUUAUUUGCGUCACGGUAAUUUUGUACAUUCCAAUAAAUACAUGACGAUGGUAGUUUAACGGAUUAUUCGUGAGUACGAUGACACGCGUCACGUUUCUACAUCCCGAUCUCGGUAUCGGCGGCGCGGAGAGGCUCGUCGUCGACGCCGCUCUGGCACUGAAGAAGAACGGUCACGAUGUGAAUUUUGUGACAACUCACCAUGACCUGGAACAUUGUUUCUCGGAGACCAAGGAUGGCACGAUUCCCGUUACCGUCGUGGGCACGUGGCUGCCCAGGCACAUUCUGGGCAGGUUCUAUGCGCUCUGUGCUUACAUACGCAUGAUAUAUGCAGCCAGCUACAUAAUAUUUUGCGAUCAACGGCCAGAAGUUGUCUUUUGCGACCUAGUAUCCGUCUGUAUACCCAUACUUAUCGUGCGUAUUCCAUAUGUAGUGUUUUAUUGUCAUCAUCCGGACCAGUUGCUCUCUUCUCCUGGUGGCUGUAUCAAACAACUGUAUCGUAUGCCGCUAAAUUAUCUGGAAGAGAUCACGACUGGCAUGGCGCAUAAAGUAUUUGUAAAUAGCUGUUAUACAAACGAUGUGUUCAGGAACACGUUCAGGAGACUGAAAAUCAAGCCAGAAAUUUUGUAUCCUUCCAUUAAUACCGACUUUUUUAACAAGACGAGAAUAGUAUCCAUCGAGAGGGUUCUCGAUAGAAAACUACCGGAUGAUAGUAUUAUAUUACUGUCUAUCAAUAGGUAUGAACGUAAGAAAAAACUGUCUCUCGCCAUAGAGGCUUUCGCCGAGUUGGAGAAACUUUUAACAAAGGAAGUAUAUAAGAGAGUGUACUUGAUUAUGGCUGGUGGAUACGAUAAGAGAGUCGAGGAGAACGUGGAAUAUCAUCUGGAAUUGAUAGAACUCGCGGAUGAGUUGCAUGUAACGGAUAAAGUAAUAUUCUUGCGUUCGCCCUCCGAUGUAGACAAAAUUUCUUUGCUUCAUCAUUGCAAAAUUGUGAUAUAUACCCCACCAAAUGAGCACUUUGGGAUAGUACCCUUGGAAGCGAUGUACGUAGGCAAGCCAGUAAUCGCUCACAAAUCCGGCGGUCCCACAGAAUCGAUACGUUCUGGAGAAACUGGCUUCUUGGUCGACUUAUCUGGCGAAGCGUUUGCCUCGAAAAUAGCUUACUUAAUCACAAAUCCGACGCAUCUUGAGAAUUUUGGUAGAUCGGGUCAAUACAGAUUUCUGGUAACAUUCAGUUUCGCUGCUUUUAGUGCUCGGUUAAAUAAGGCGAUAAAUGACUUGACUGAUACCAAGACGAAAUAAGAUGAUGGAAGUUAAAAAGGUUGUUAUGUUCUUAUUUCUUGCAUAAUAUUACGUAUAAUUUAGAACGCACUGGUUAAAUAUAAGUAAUGGUGCUAUGUUAAGGAGAUGAAUAAAAGUACACGUUUUCAAUGAUAUAUUUAUAAUAUUUCUUAUUAACUAAAUCUAUUCGAUUUAAGAAAAAGUUGCGUUUUUUUGCUGGAUUUUGUAGCCCAAACCGUUUAGCUUAUUUACGUGUAUUCUAUAUAGAAAUAAAAUUUAUAUUAUACGUUA